AUUUUUUUGGGGAGUCGAUGAGAGGGUUGUAGAAAACAUGUGGGGGUAUUAAUGAUGAAUGAAUAUUGAAGAGUGAGAGGUCGCAGGUAGUGAGGAGCUCAAAGCGAGCGACCGAGGCUGCGAGUCAGUCGGUGGUUGUUGUGGGCUUUUUCUUUUUCUUUAUUUAUUUAUUUAUAUACCCUGAAAGAGAAACAGAGAGAGAGAGAGAGAGAGAGAGAGAGAGAGUGUGUGUGUUUACAGGAGCAUAGAGAAAGAGAUGACAAGUGAGGCAACAAGUGACGCCAUGGCAACAAUAGCAGAGAAAGCACCAAUUACCGCUGAGAGAAAGGUCCGGACUGAUCUCGAGUCUAAGCUCCCUAAGCCCUAUAUGCCGCGAGCAAUGGCGGCACCUGAUGUGGAAAACAUAAAUGGGACAUGGGGACAUAAACAUCAGAACAUGUCUGUGCUUCAACAGCAUGCUGCUUUCUUCGACCAAGACCAUGAUGGUAUCAUCUACCCUUGGGAGACUUACACAGGAUUUCGCUCGAUUGGAUUCAGUAUGUUGGCUUCUGUGUUUUUAACGAUUCUUGUACAUUUGGCAGUGAGUUAUGCUACUCUGCCUACAUGGAUACCUUCACCUUUCCUACCCAUAUACAUUCGGAACAUACACAGGGCCAGGCAUGGAAGUGACUCAGGCACCUAUGACACUGAGGGAAGGUUCAUUCCUGCAAAUCUGGAGAACAUGUUCAGCAAAUAUGCUCGUACAGUGCCUGAUAAGCUCACACUAAGAGAAAUUUGGCGCAUGACUGAAGCCAACCGGGAUGCUUUCGAUUUCUUUGGCUGGGUAGCAAGUAAAAUGGAAUGGGGAGUGCUUUAUGUUCUAGCAAAGGAUGGAGAUGGUCUGUUAGCAAAGGAAGCCGUGAGGCGUUGUUUCGAUGGAAGCUUAUUCGAAUAUUGUGCCAAGAUCAGAAAGGGUGAUGCUGCUAAGAUGGAAUGACCUAACCCUCCACUACCCUUAAGCACAUCUGCUUCAUUCUUAUUCAUCAUUUGCAAACUUGGAUUCUUUGUAUAAAUUUGAGUUUUGUUUCUUUUUCCUAAUAAUUUGGUGCUGCCAAUACUCCUUUUUUAUCACCUAAUUUUCUUUUUUAUCACCUAAUUUUCUUUAUCUGAAUUUCUCACAUAGAUUACAGCAUAUACAUGACAGAAGAAGAGUCCCAGAGCUAACUCAAACUAAACCCCCUGGCUAUGUAUGCCAGUAAAGGCAUUAUUGUAUGGAUAGAGCAUCAAAUUAUCAUCAUUCAAUUAUAACCA